AUGGCGAUCGCCUGCGAUGAGCUCGAAAGUACUCUUGGUCCGAGCACCGCCGAGGGUUCCUUAGGUGGAGGAUGGAAAUCAGCGAGGCUUAUCAUCGGUGUCGAAAUGGCGGAGCAGUUCGCCUUUUACGGGAUUUCUUCGAACCUUAUAAUGUACUUGACGGGACCAUUAGGAGAGUCGACAGCUACAGGUGCGGCCAAUGUCAACGCCUGGAGUGGAACGGUGUCGUUUCUGGCACUUCUCUGGGGCUUUACCGCUGACUCGUUUCUCGGCCGUUUUCGUACUAUACUACUCGCAUCUUCUCUGUAUAUCUUGGGACUUGGACUGCUUACGUCUUCAGCCAUGAUUUCUUCACACCGCAAAGAUCCUAAUCAACUCCAAGUGGCUAUCUUCUUCUGCUCUUUGUAUCUUAUAGCCAUAGGACAUGGCGGUUACAACCCGUGUAUUAAGGUAUUUGGAGCUGAUCAAUUUGAUGGAAAUGACUUGCAAGAAACAAAAGCCAAAAGCUCUUACUUUAACUGGUUAAUGUUUGGAAGCUGUACUAGCAUGUUGGCGACUCGUCUGAUCUCUAUCUUCAUCCAAGAGAACCUAAGUUGGUCCUUGGGAUUUGGUAUUCCAAGUGUUUCCAUGGUACUUUCUCUACUUCUCUUCCUACUUGGAACUAAGACUUAUCGUUUUAGCACUGCAAGAGUUGGAAAGCAAAACCCUUUUGCCAGAGUUAGUCAUGUUUUUAUGGAAGCUUUAAAGAACAGAAGAAGACAACCAGAUUUAGAUAUAAAUGACCGCAACGAGACCCUCCUCCUCCCUAGCCAAAAUUCAAAACAAUUCAGAUUCCUUGACAGGGCGGCGAUUUCGUGUGAUUUGGCUGAUAUUGAAGAAGCCAAUGCGGUGCUUAAACUUGUUCCAAUAUGGAUGACUUCCUUAGUGUACGCCAUUGUAUGUGCACAAUCCCACACUUUCUUCACAAAGCAAGGAGCCACAAUGGACAGGUCAAUCUCACCGGGACUCUUAGUCCCUGCAGCUACACUCCAAUGUUUCAUAAGCCUAGCAAUGGUCAUUUUCAUCCCAAUCUACGACUGUCUACUUGUCCCUAUCGCUAGAUCCUUCACUCAAAACCCAUCAGGAAUCACAAUGCUUCAAAGAAUUGGUUCAGGCAUCUCUUUGUCUAUUCUUGGUAUGGUAGUAGCUGCUUUGGUCGAGACCAAAAGGCUCCAAGCCGCUCGGGAUGAUGUCAUCGUACCCAUUAGCGUGUGGUGGUUGGUUCCACAGUACGUAAUCAUUGGAGUAUCCAAAGUGUUAACAAUGGUGGGCUUGCAAGAGCUUUUCUAUGACCAAGUCCCUAGUGAGCUUAGGACCGUUGGUAUGGCUCUGAAUCUAAGCAUAUACGGGGUCGGCGACUUCCUAAGCAGCUUCAUGAUAUCAAUCAUCGACAAAGCCACGAGCCAGUCUGGUCAAACGAGCUGGUUCGAUAACGACCUGAACAAAGCUCAUCUAGAUUAUUUCUAUUGGCUACUGGCUUGUCUCAGCUUCAUUGGUUUAGCCUCUUACUUGUGGUUCGCUAAAUCAUAUGUGUACAACAGACCAAACACCUUAUAA